AAAAGAAAAACGAAAAAGGCACAGCAAUGCAAAAACAUUUUAAAAAAUGCAAAAAUAUGGUACUAAGUAGGCCACGAAAAGGACACUUGUUUACAAUAUGAGAGCUGAAACAAGAAGGGAACAUCAUCUUGUUCAACCUCGGCUGGGAAUGUGUAUGUAGAAAGAUGCUAAUUUUUUUUUGCCACUCUGCACAUGUCUGCAAAUGAAUUCAAAAGCACCAUAUUGAAUUGCUCUUUUUUUAAAAAUUUAGUCUCCAUUUAUUUGACAGAUUGGCACCUUGUAAAUAAGUCACUUUUCAUAACUGGGCUGUCAGAACUACAACUUGGGCUCACAUAAAUGGCUGCUCUAAUAGUUACCUACUGGCAUUUUCUUUCUGCUCAGAUAUGUGCUGGCUUAUUAGCCCAGAACUCUAGUGUGUCCUCAUGAUAUUGGGGGAUUCCAUGUAGUCCAGUAGAAGAGCUCCAUUCCAUGGAUUUACUUUCUUGUGGUUUCCUUGAAUUGCUUUUUCAUUUGGAGAAUACAAAUUAAUUUUAGUAACUGGGCAAAUUCACUUUAAUGAAGUCUGUGAAUAAUGAAGAUUGACUAUAUAAAACAGUGAAAAAUUUCUAUCCCACUCCUUUCACCUAAAGGUUUAGAUCCCUCCUCCUCAGAAGUAAUCACUAUUAUGAGUUUCUUGUCUAUCUUUCUAGAAUUUAUUAUGCAUAUACAGGCAACUUAAACAUACAUGUAUGUUACUUUUUUAUCAUUAAUUUUGAAGGGAUCCAGACUAUGCCCCAGUGGCAUAAGGAUUAUUUUGAACUGAAGAAAUUUGAAAAUCCAUGACUGUAGGAAAAGGCUUUUUUUCCAUUCUUUUUAUUUUCUUAAAAGCAAAGCUUCCCCCCAAAAUUCAACUGUCCUGAAUCCCCUCCCAAGGAGUUUUACAACAGGGGACGAUUAACUCAUUACCAAAGACAAGAAGUCAGCACAAGUCAGCACCUGAAUAAGAAAUCACCUAAAGAGACACUGUCAUAUAUCCCACCUAUUCUCCUGAGGGCCCAUUCAUUUUUCCUGCAAGUCAUAUGUUCUGUCAUAAGUUCCCCUCUGCUCCUCCCCAUCCCCUAUUAAGAUGGCAUGUAAACUACAAAAUCUAACCACAUCCUUGAGUCACAUUUCUUUGUGAACUCCUGUGCAUAUAUACAUACUUAAAUUUGUUUUUCCCUCUUGCUAAUCCGUCUGUUGUUCAUUUAAAUUGCAGGUCCCCAAGUACAAAAUUGAAAAGGAUACAGGAAAAGAUUUUCCUCCCCAACAAAUUCAAACAGCAAAUGAUAAAUUGUACAAAAACUGAUCCAUAGUAUAUAGAUAUGUGUAUUUGCGCAGUACUUGUGUAAUAUAACCAAGAAUUUAUGAAUUUCUAGACAGCAAAAAUGUUACGUUCUCUACAGUAAGUACCUAGUAGCUGUUAUCAAACAAUUCAGAGGCAUAUUCAAAAUGGUACUGUGAUUAACACUAUGCAUAACUGAAGGUUGGUUGUUUUAUAGUGAGUAUGUGUAAAAACGUAACAUCCCAUUCUCCUAACCAAUUUUUUUUGAAGAUUUUAUUUAUUUAUUUGUCAGAGAAAGAGAGAGAGCACAAGCAAGGGGGGUGGUAGGCAGAGGGAAAAGCUCAGCAAGGCAGGCAGAAGGAGAAGCUGAGCAAGGAGCCUGAUACUGGACUCGAUCCCAGGACUCUGGGAUCAUGACCCGAGCCAACGGCAGAUGCUUAACUGACUGAGCCACCCAGGGCACCCUUAACCAAUUAUUUUUUAAAUCAAUAAUACUUUUAAAUCAAUGAUAAUUCUUUUAGCUGUUUCUUUUAGUAUUUAACUUCAGGUUUCUAAUGUAAUUGUAUUGCUCUUUUUAAUGUUAUCUACUUACUAUUAUGGUAAUCGAUGUUUUAGAGGUCUCGUAUCAACAUCACCAGUUUCUCCACUCUCAUUCUCAAAAUACGGCCAGUGAUAUAGUUAGUUAAAUCAGUAGUUACUGAUUGUAUUGAAGGAGUUCAGAACACAGCACCCAAUGGGGCGCCUGGGUGGCACAGCGGUUAGGCGUCUGCCUUCGGCUCAGGGCGUGAUCUCGGCGUUGUGGGAUCAAGCCCCACAUCAGGCUCCUCUGCUGUGAGCCUGCUUCUUCCUCUCCCACUCCCCCUGCUUGUGUUCCCUCUCUCGCUGGCUGUCUCUAUCUCUGUCAAAUAAAUAAAUAAAAUCUUAAAAAAAACACACACACACACACAGCACCCAAAAACAUGCUGCUCUGGCAUACUGACUAUUUUGAGUUAAAAGCCCUUGAAAAAUAGCAGCUGCAAGAAGGACACUCUGAAUAUCCUUCCUUUUCUUGAAAGCAGGAGAUAAAAUGCCCAUGUGAAAGAUAUCCUCCCUAUAUUAGAAGGAAAGAGAAUUUCUUGUCACCAAGGGCAUGAGGUCGAGGCCAAGAUAAAUCUAUCAAACCUUGUUAACCUAACCCCUAUCUUUCUAGUCACUUCACUCAUAUAACUGUUCCAGCCCAAGCCCCUUUGCCUGGUCACAUUUUCACAAUUCACUAUUCUUUGUCCAACUCAGUAUAUAAGCAUUCAACUCUGUUUCCUUGGGCCUUAACUUUUCUUGUGAAGACUCCCAGGCGCAUGUAAAGAAGAUAUAAUUAAAAUUUGUAUAUAUUUUCCUGUUACUCUGUUUUCUGUCAGUUAAAUUCAUAGGUCCAGCCAGAGACCCUAAGAAAGUAGAGGAGAAAUUAUUCAUCCCCUACAGCAUUAUUUUGAUUCUGUGAUUCAAGAUGAGCUAUUUACUUUUUUUUCUCUAUGGUUGUCAAUAACUCAACAGGUAAAUUUAAUAUGAAGCACCAAAUCAUAAACCUGACGCGUCCAUUAUUGUGGUGUCCUGGCUCUCCCUCUGGCAGGGCUGAAAUUGGUUGUGGUCUCAGGAAACCAAGUUUACCUGAAUCAGUUUUCUCAUCUCUAAAAUAGGAGAAAUGCUUGUGUUUUCCUCCUAAGACAAAGGUCUUAAAAGAAGCAAAGUAGGAGUAAGAUAGAAGAAUAAAAUAGUGAAUUUUGAAAGCCCCUUGUAAACUUCAAGCGUGAGAGAACUAUAAAGCAAAAUAAUCAUGAGACCAGGGGAUUUUCACAAUUUUUGACUGAAAACAAGGUUCUAGACUUCAUUCCUCUCCUGACUCUGGGCAAAUCUUUUCAUACUGGGGUGGCUGUUUCCUAACUGGUGAUGCAGACAUAUCAAAGUUAAUGAACAAUUAUGAUAUGUUUACACUGCUAACACAAUUUAUUCGGAUAUAUAACAAUUUGUAAACAGCUUGUACUCUUUAGCAAUCUCCAACUACCGACCAGCUCUGGUUUUAUUAUUGUUUCUAAAUGAGACAGUAACUACCCUCGAAGCUAUCCACUGUCCCCACAGACAGCAUAGCAGAAAUACCUAAGCAGGAGACUGCCAGAGCACCUGGUUUCCCGAAGACACGAGACUAGGGUGGGAAUGCAAUGCGUCUGUGGCAGAUCCACUAACAAAAUCGAGUUAGAAAACAAUCAGAAAUUAACAAGAUUAAACGGCGGUUGAGAAUACUUUCGUCACUGUAGGAAAGCUAAGUAUUUCGGGAAGGCUUGGCACAUGCAAUUACUUAACCUUAAUCUGCUGGCAAACUGGCAUUUCUCUGGCUGAGAGUGGCUCUUCAGCCUGUCGUGAUUCCCAGAGAGCCUUGCGCGGCUCUUGGCGGGAAAGCAACUGGAGGUCACAAGGUUGCGGUGGCGCCUCUGCGGGCGACCGUUGAAGGAAGACGCCUGCGCAUCAGGCGAAGCGCGUGCAGCGUAGUGCGGGGUGCAGGUUUCGUGGUCGCUGGCGCCAGCCCUCAGACGUUCCGUAAUGUAUAUGUUUGUUUGUUUGUUUGUUUUCUUUCGUGUUCGUUUUUGUUGUUGGCUUUUUAAUUUCUUUUUCUAACACCUCCCAGCUACUUUUAAGUUACUUAAAGACUUAAUGGUGAAACAUACGCGGGAAAAUGUGGACCUACUUGUUUUUCACAAGAGGUUCUUGAGACGAGGGUAACUAUGGCAUCUGGUCCAGCCUUCGUCAGGAUCGAUUAAAACAGUAAAUCGUCUCUUCUGGGACCUCUUCCAGUUGAAUUGUCUGACUAAGAAAAGUGAAACUGGGGACCAAAAAAAUGGAAACUUACAUGAAAAUAUCAGUUUUAAUUGAGAAAUCAGAAUCAGCCAAAAUCUGGAAUAUUUUCUGUUCCUCUUUUGUGCUUGUUCCACAGAGUAGGACAAUAUGUUAUUAUAUCGAGAGCCAUGCUGAAGUUCGGGGAGGAAACGUUACCUGAUUCAGUCAUUUUGAAACUACAAACUUAAAACAAAAAUUUAAAGAUUUUUUCUUUUCUUUUUUUUUUUUUUUUGAAGAUUUUUAUUAUUCAUUUGAGAGAGAGAGAGAGAGCACCAGAGAGAGCGCGAGAGCUCGCACAUGAGAGCGCGAGCAGGGGGGAGGGACAGCGGGGAAAUGAGAAGCAGACUCCCCACUGAGCAGGAGCCAGAGGAGCGGCUCCCCAGGAUCAGGACCCGAGCCUGAGCUGAAGGAAGACGCUUAACGGACUGAGCUGCCCAGGCGCCCCCACAGUUGUUGUUAUUGUUGUUUUAGGUAUACGUAUACAAAAGAUUUUUAUUGUAAGAAAUUAGUGACACAAUUAAAAGUUCCAAGAUCUGUAGUCAGCAAGCUGGAGACCCAAGAAAGAGUCGAAGUUUCGGUUUGAGUCCAAAGGCAGGAGAAGACCGAUGUCGCAGCAUAACAACCAGCCAGGAGCGGUUCCUUCUUGCUCAGAGUAGGCUUUGUGUUUCAUUCAGGUCUUCAGUCAGUUGAAGCCUGUUCACACUAGGGAGAAGGAUCUGCUUUCCUCUGUCCAGCAACUCAAAUGUUCAUCUCAUCCACAACACCUUCAGACACAUCCAGAACAAAAAUUUUAAGAUUAUUUUAAAGAGUUUGGCAGGGGCAGUUUUCAUACCUAAUACCUACCUAACUGUAGCAAUGUAGUCAAUGCUUGAAUACUGUGAUUUAUUUAUUAAUGUAAAAUUUAUUUACAUGAAAUUAUUCACAAAAUUUGUUUUCAUUUAUUUACAUAAAGUUCUUUCUGACUUUACAUGUAAUAAACUAGAAAAUUAGGGAUAAAAAUAAGAUCUGAAGUUAAAGCUUGUAUUUGUGUCACAAGGUUGAAUUGAAGAAAAGACUUUAUCAGAAGAUGGCCACUGCACAAUUGCGAAGAACUUCCAUGAGUGCAUUGGUGUUUCCCAAUAAGAUAUCAACAGAACAACAGUCCUUAGUAUUAGUGAAGAGGCUCCUAGCAGUUUCAGUAUCCUGCAUCACAUAUUUGAGAGGAAUAUUUCCGGAAUGUGCUUAUGGAACAAGAUACCUAGAUGGAUGCUAGGAUGCUAUGAUGCUUUACAAAAAAAAUACCUAAGGAUGGUUGUUCUAGCUGUAUACACCAAUCCAGAAGACCCUCAGGCGAUUUCAGAAUGUUACCAAUUUAAAUUCAAGUAUACUAAUAACGGACCAAUCAUGGACUUCAUAAGUAAAAACCAAAGCAGUGAAUCUAGUAUGUCAUCUGCUGACACCAAGAAAGCAAGUAUUCUCCUCAUUCGCAAGAUUUAUAUUCUAAUGCAAAAUCUGGGACCUUUACCUAAUGAUGUUUGUUUGACCAUGAAACUUUUUUACUACGAUGAAGUUACACCUCCAGAUUACCAGCCUCCUGGUUUUAAGGAUGGUGAUUGUGAAGGAGUGAUAUUUGAAGGGGAGCCUAUGUACUUAAAUGUGGGAGAAGUCCCAACACCUUUUCACACCUUCAAAGUAAAAGUGACUACUGAGAGAGAACGAAUGGAAAAUAUUGAUUCAGCUAUAUUAUCACCAAAACAAUUAAAAACACCACUUCAAACAAUUCUCGUGGACACAGAUGACGUAGAAGAAGAACAGGAGCACUACACAAGUGAUGAUUUUGACAUUGAAACUAAAAUGGAAGAGCAGAAAAAACACCCUGGAUCUUCUGAACUUGGAGAACCAAGUUUAGUUUGUGAGGAAGAUGAAAUUAUGAGGUCUAAAGAAAGUCUAGAUCUUUCAAUUUCUCAUUCUCAGGUUGAACAGUUAGUCAGUAAAACAUAUGAACUUGAUGUGUCUGAAAGCAAAACAAGAAGUGGAAAAAUCUUUCAGAAUAAAAUGGCUAAUGGAAAUCAGCCAGUAAAAUCUUCUAAAGAAAAUCGGAAGAGAAGUCAGCUCGAACCUGGGAAAACAGUCCUUCAUCACUUUGAUUCUUCUAGUCAAGAGUCAGUGCCAAAAAGAAGAAAGUUUAGUGAACCAAAGGAGCAUAUAUAAAAAUUAUUUUUUCUUCUGCAUGUUGGCGAAGUUCUCAACGUGUAAACUACAAGACACUGUAUUACUAUUUUAACGUGUAUUUGCCCUACCUGUGAAAAUUUAUAUGUAGGCUUAAGCAGUUAGUACACUAAAAUGAAUUUUUAGCUGUCAUAUUGUGAUCCUUUAUCUUAUCUGAGACAAUGCAAGAGAACUUUUGAAUAAAACCAAAAGUACCAGUGUCAUAAUUGAUUUUGUUCAUUAUCUACUCAAUAUUGAUCUAUCUUCCAUAUUGGUGGAUACUUCCUUUAAACAUAUAUUAACUUUUAAGGCCCUCUAGAGCCAAUUUUAAAAAAAUAAUGUUUAUUUUGUUAUUAAAUUUUGGUAGGAGUUUACUUUUUACUUAUGUUAAAACUAUAACACUUAACUGGCUGUUUGUCCCUGUGUCAUUAAAACAAUGUUCUCCGGUAGUUUGAUAGAGUGUCUUAACAUGGUAAUAUAUAACAUACCAUUAAAAAUUGGUUCUUUAUCUUUUUUAACUUUUUUUUUUUUUUUUUUACUUCAAGGCAAAAUGAGGACUGAUUUUUAAGGUCUGGCAUUUUGAGCAGCAUAAAUAAAAUAUUGUUCCGCAUCUAGACUCUU